AGGGCCUUCGCGAGUGGCCCGUGCCGCUUCCGCUUCCUCGGGCCCACCGAAAAGCGCGAGGGAAAACGCGGAAGGGGUCGAACUCCCGCGCCGUACGGUCAUUUCCCCUCCCCUCCCCUCCGCCCAAUUUCGAAAAUAGAAAUCCUUCCUCCCGUCCCGUCCCGUCUCGGCUCGUCUCGCGGCACCGCGUCUCCUCGCCGCGAUCCCCCUCUGCUCGCCUCCUCCGCCGGGACGGAUGCCGAGCAAGUGGCAGGUCUGGGGCCAGCCUGACGGCCGCCUCGUCUGGGUGCCCGCGUCCGACGCUCCUCCGACUCCGCCGCCCGCCGCGGCGGGUCCGCCAGCUCCUGCGCCUCCUAACCCGCCACCGCCGCCCGACGACCGGCCAAUCGAAGAAACCCUAGCCCCCGGCGGCGCCGACGGAUGCCGCGUCCAUUCCAUGGCCGACCUCCUCCUCGAAGCGCUGGACAAGCUGAUUGAAGGAGAUGGGUUGGCUGGAUUGCCCGAAGAUGCAGGGAAGGGUGGGCUGUUCUGCACCGGGUCAAGGAGGUCGGUGGCCGUCAGUGAGAGGGCCGUUAGGAGAGCAAGAGCGUUGGUUGGGGACGAGGUGGAGGAGGAAACCAACAAGAGGAGAAAGCAACCAUUUGGCGAUGAUGUUGGUCUAGAGGGCGAACCGAGAAAAACAGAUGGUCCAUUGAGAGGUGGUAUGCAUAAAGAUAGCUUGUCCCCAAUGUUCCAAACUGGAUCAGGCAAAGCAGUUUCGCUCAGCGAAGACUCGAUUCAGAAGGCAAGAGCUGUUUUAGAAGAUAAUGUUGAGAAUGCUGCUGGUGCCAGACAACCAAUGUUCCAUACCGGAACAGGUAGAUUGGUUCCGGUUAGCAAGAGUUCCAUGGACAAGGCAAGAGCUGUUUUGGAGGCUCAAACCUUCGCAAAUGAAGCCUCUAUUGCAUGAGGUGUAGGAGGUGUGGAUGGCAUGGAACAGUUUCCAUUGUUCCAAACUGGUUCAGGUAGGGCUGUAGCAAUGAAUAUGGCAUCUAUCCAGAAAGCUAAGGCAGUACUAGAGGAAAA